UUGAGAAGAAAGAAGAAGAAGAAGAAGAAGAAGAAGAAGUUGGUUCAGAGUCGCGAGAGGUUUUAUGAUAUAAAAUCGAUUCUUAUAGAGAUUUUGUUAUCUCUAUUCCUUCUUUCUUCUUUCAACUUCGUUCAUUCUAAUGUCUUACGAUGAAAUGCUUACUGCUGCAAAGAAAGCUGUCUCUCUCGCUGCUCGUCUCAGCAACGAAGUGAGGAAAUCUCUGUUGGUAACUGACGUUUGGAACAAAUCUGAUGAUAGUCCUGUUACUGUUGCUGAUUAUGGCUCGCAGGCGGUGGUUAGCCUUGUACUAGAAAGGGAACUCAAGAAUGAACCUGUUUCUUUAGUCGCUGAAGAGGAUUCUGGUGAGCUAAGGAAGAUUGCUGCUGAGAAUGUUUUGGCUCGCAUUACAGAGCUUGUGAAAGAUACUCUUGCAAGUGAUGAAUCAUAUGCUGCUUCUCCUUUAUCUUCCGAUGAUGUGCUCAAUGCUAUAGACCGUGGUAAAUCAGAAGGUGGUCCCAAGGGUCGCCAUUGGAUCUUGGAUCCUAUAGGUGGCACUAGAGGAUUUAUAAGAGGAGAACAAUAUGCAAUAGGAUUAGCAUUGUUGGUGGAAGGCAAAGUAGUACUUGGUGUAAUGGCUUGUCCUAAGCUUCCUUUUUCAUCAACUGCUGGUAACACACUCAAGUCUUCACCUGAAAAAGUUGGUUGCCUUUUCUAUGGUUCUGUUGGCACCGGGACUUAUGUCCAGUCUCUCAGUGUUGACUCUCUUCCUGUGAAGGUAGAGGUAAGCAGCGUAGAUGAUCCUGCUAAAGCGAGUUUCUUCGAGUCAUACCACACACCUGUCCCCAUCCAUAACACAAUUGCUAAGAAACUGGGGAUAAAAGACUCACCAAUCAAGAUCAAUAGUCAGACAAAGUAUGCAGCUUUAUCUAGAGGAGAUGGAGAGGUGUACUUGAGGUUUACUCGCAAACCAAGGCCCGAAUCAAUAUGGAAUCACGCCGCUGGCUCAAUCAUCGUUUCAGAAGCGGGAGGAAAAGUGACUGAUGCAGCUGGGGAUCCGUUGGACUUUUCGAAAGGCAAGUAUCUUGAUUACAAGAGAGGAAUUGUUGUAACGACGCAGAAACUGUUGCCAAGGCUUUUGAAAGCAGUAAGAGAAUCAAUUAAAGAAGAAGAAGAGGAAGAAGAGGAAGAAGAGAAAACUGCUUCUGUGAAACUUCACUAACACGCAACUGUAAUAUACUUAUUAUUUUUGUUGUUGUCUUUGGGUAUAUAUACUAUGUCUGUGUCUGUGUUCUUUUCACACAGUCUAUUUAUUAAAAAAAAAUAUACGUAUAUCUCACCUCUGAUAUAUAAGAAAACACUAAUUUAUCUUUA